GCGGCGGUGGCUGUGGCGAUGGAGGCGGUGGGCGUGGGGUUGGUGGACUGUCACUGCCACCUCUCGGCCCCGGACUUUGACAGCGAUCUGGAUGAUGUGUUGGAGGAAGCCAAGAAAGCCAAUGUUAUGGCUCUUGUGGUGGUUGCUGAACAUUCAGGAGAAUUUGAAAAGAUUAUGCAGCUUUCUGAAAGAUAUAAGGGGUUUGUCCUGCCCUGCUUGGGUGUUCACCCUGUUCAAGGAGUUUCUCCAGGAGACCAAAGAUGUGUCACAUCAAAGGAUUUGGACGUAGCUUUGCCUAUUAUGGAGAAUUAUAAAGAUCAGUUGUUGGCAAUUGGAGAGGUGGGACUAGAUUUCUCCCCCAGAUUUGCUGGCACCGAUGAGCAGAAGGAAGAGCAACGGCAAGUCCUAAUCCGACAGGUCCAGUUAGCCAAAAGAUUAAAUUUGCCUUUAAAUGUUCACUCACGCUCUGCUGGAAGACCCACCAUCAGCCUCUUAAAUGAGCAAGGUGCUGACAAAGUGCUCCUGCACGCAUUCGAUGGUCGGCCAUCUGUAGCGAUGGAAGGAGUUAAAGCUGGGUACUUCUUCUCAAUUCCUCCUUCUAUAAUAAGAAGUGGACAGAAGCAGAAACUUGUGAAACAGUUGCCUUUAACUUCAAUUUGCUUAGAAACAGAUUCACCUGCACUAGGACCAGAAAAACAGCUCUGUAUUUCUUCUGCCAAUUUCCUGCCCUUUCUGCCCACACUCCCUUUGUCAACUUUCACCUCUAAAUCUUUUAAGAUCCAUUUGAAUGACUUCCCCCGGCCUCAUCGCCCCAGCCAGACGCGAUUCCUGCCGCCUAAACUGUGCAGCCCUGUUCUCCAUUUCCUCAUCAGCUUAUUCGUUUCAUGGAUCACACAGCUGUGGAGCCUCUCCAAUGGGUUUCCCACUAAUCUAGGUCCAUAAGGCUACAGAGAGGAAUAAGACAUGGUCCCUGCCUUCAGUUCAAAAUGUAUUAAAGGGGACAAAUAAUCCCAAAGCAAUGUGAGAAGUACUAUAAUAAAGGAGGAAUGAGGUUCUACAAAACCAGUUUGAUGACAUUUAACACACAUUCCUUUUUACUAAGGUUACCUUGUGUAUGUUUUCACCUUAAGAAAUUACAGACCAUUUGAGAACAAACCAGUUUUUUUCUUCUUGCAUCUUCUCUGUAGUCUGAAACAAGGUUUGCAGUAUCAUAUGCUCGUACAUAUCUUUUAAAUAAGCGAGUGGAGGUAGUUAGUCCACUGACUGCAGCUGACAAGCUAGUAUGUUCUCCUUCAGUCUACUCUUCGAAAUGGAGAUUUAAUGUUCUAUACCUUUUCACUGGUUGGGCUUUUGUUUUGUUUUGAGGUGCAUAUUUUUCAUCUCCACAUUGUUUUAAAUGUAUUAAAUGCUAUUCAAAGAUUUCCUAAUGUUAAACAUUCUGAAAAAUAGGAAUAAACUCUCAUGGUCCAAAGAAGCAGAUCCUUUUUUUUCUUUUUUUUUUUAAGAUUUUAUUUAUUUAUUUGACAGAGAGAGAUCACAAGUAG